AUGAGCUCCACUCAAGGACAGGUGAUCUCUUGCAAAGCCGCUGUUGCCUGGAAGGCGAAUGAGCCGUUGUCAAUUGAAACUGUGCAAGUUGCCCCACCGAAAGCUCACGAAGUCCGAAUUAAGAUUAUUAAUACCGCUGUGUGCCACACUGACUCGUUCACACUUAGCGGAGCAGAUCCCGAAGGGCUGUUCCCGGUUAUUUUGGGUCACGAAGGAGCUGGAAUUGUCGAAAGUGUCGGAGAAGGUGUCACUGGGUUUGCACCUGGGGAUCACGUCAUUCCACUGUUCGUGCCACAAUGCAAGGAAUGCGACUUCUGCAAGAAUCCGAAAACGAACUUGUGUCAAAAAAUCCGUGUGACCCAAGGAAAUGGAUUCUUGCCUGAUGGAACAUCAAGAUUUACUUGCAACGGAAAGCAAUUGUAUCACUUCAUGGGAACAUCGACGUUCACUGAAUACACAGUAGUUGCGGAUAUUUCAUUGUGCAAGGUUAAUGAAAAAGCUCCAUUUGACAAAAUUGCACUUCUCGGAUGUGGAAUUUCGACCGGAUACGGAGCUCCGAAGAAUACAUGCAAAGUAGAACCAGGAAGCACUGUAGCCGUUUGGGGACUCGGAGCAGUUGGACUGGCUACUAUCAUGGGAGCAAAAUCUGCUGGAGCAAAACAAAUUGUAGCAAUUGAUUUGAACGAGUCGAAAUUUGAUUCUGCCAAAUAUUUCGGGGCUACGGAUUGUGUAAAUCCCUCUAAACUUGAUUUGCCGAGUGGAAAGACAUUCCAAGCGUGGCUUGUCGAGAAUUUCAAUGGCGGAUUUGACUAUACGUUCGAGUGCGUUGGAAAUGUUCAUACUAUGCGACAAGCCCUUGAAGCUGCUCAUAAGGGUUGGGGAGAGUCGUGUAUCAUUGGAGUAGCUGGAGCUGGCCAGGAAAUCUCGACAAGACCAUUUCAAUUGGUCACUGGACGUGUUUGGAAGGGAACUGCUUUUGGCGGCUGGAAGAGUGUUGACAAUGUUCCGAAGCUUGUCGAAGAAUACAUGGAUAAGAAAUUGAAGCUUGAUGAAUUCAUUACUCAUCGUUUUGCUAUUGAUGACAUCAACAAAGCUUUCGAUAUUAUGCAUAAAGGCGAAGGAUUGCGUUCAAUCAUUUCGUUCCACUAA